AUGUUCUCCAUCCUUUCCAUGUUCUCCAUGCUCUCCAUGCUCCUUUCAAGGGUAGAUGGUGCUGCUUCCCCCAGGACCCGCUGGAGGACCUGGACGCCUGGACCGAGUCGGUGGACAAAGUCCUGGCCUGUAAAACCGGUCAGGUGGCCUUCAGGGACUUCCUGAGGUCGGAGCACAGCGAGGAGAACCUGCAGUUCUGGCUGGCAUGCGAGGACUACAAGAAGAUCAAGUCCGUCCCAGAGAUGAUCACCUGUGCCAACAGGAUCUACUCGGAGUUUGUCCAGACCGAAGCACCCAGACAGAUCAACAUUGACUGUCACACCAGGGAGAAGAUCAGCAGCAACAUGUCUCAGCCCAGCCUCACUUCCUUCGACGCCGCACAGAAGCUCAUCUACUCCCUGAUGAGCAGAGACUGCUACCCUCGCUUCCUCACCUCGGACAUCUAUGCAGCUCUGCUGAGGAGAAGUGAGUCCACUCACUGCUUGUAACUCAUGUAGACUUUGUCCACCUGCCUGAUAGUCCACUGCUCCUCAACAACCAGCUCUGUAGACUUUGUCCACCUGCCUGAUAGUCCACUGCCCCUCAACCACCAGUCAUGUAGACUUUGUCCACCUGCCUGAUAAUCCACUGCUCCUCAACCACCAGUCAUGUAGACUUUGUCCACCUGCCUGAUAAUCCACUGCUCCUCAACCACCAGUCAUGUAGACUUUGUCCACCUGCCUGAUAAUCCACUGCUCCUCAACCACCAGUCAUGUAGACUUUGUCCUACACCUGCCUGCUAGUCCACUGCUCCUCAACCAUCAGUGAUGUAGACUUUGUCCACCUGCCUGAUAGUCCACUGCCCCUCAACCACCAGUCAUGUAGAUUUUGUCCUACACCUGCCUGCUAGUCCACUGCUCCUCAACCACCAGUCAUGUAGACUUUGUCCACCUGCCUGAUAGACCACUGCUCCUCAACCACCAGUCAUGUAGACUUUGUCCACCUGUUUGAUAAUCCACUGCU